AUGAGGCCUACGGAUCAAGAUCCGAAACUCAGUCGCCAUGCAAGAAACCAAACCUACGUAUCUCAAUAUCAUCUAGAGGCACAUCAUGAAGCGACUCGGCAUCUAUAUACCAAAAAUUCUACUUUAGUUGACAAUCUACCUGUUAGCUUUUACAACCCGAUCACAGAAAACCAAAUUCCACCUAAAGCAGCAAGACACGCCAUUCGCAAGCUGAACAAAUUCAAUCACCGCCUAAUGGGCAGAGACAUUACCAACAAUUUGGAUCUGGGCCUCGGUCAAAUCCAGUGGCAAUGCUUUAUUGAAAUGUGGAAAACAAUCCUUUUCGUGUUAAAUAACACUCGUCAACCCGGAGAACCGGACAUAAAACCACUCAUGCUAGCCCUCUUAGAGAUGUGUAAGGAAUACGCCUAUUCAAGCGCAUGGGGUAAUCUACCUCCUAGGGAGCCAGCAGAGACCUAUGGAGUUAACAAGAUAAAGAGCGAGUAA